AUGCCUCUACCUCGUCAAGUAUUCAUCGCCGUUAUCGGUGCUGGUGGCGUAGGCAAAGCCUUCCUCUCCCAACUAUCUGCCCUCUCUAAACGUCUCUCCCAAUCGCCCUCGUCGCCGUAUUACCUCUCCCUCAUCUGGCUCAGCACCUCGAAGAAAGCUGUCUACCACGCCGACUACAAAUCCCUUUCCAACUGGGAAUCCGAGCUCCAAAACACUUCCAACCCCACAUUGCCGCUCCCACAACUCUGCGAGUAUCUACAGAAAGCGCCUGGCAAGGUGGUUCUCGUCGACAACACCAGCAACCAGGACGUUGCGGAUAGCUACCCUGCUUUCUUGAAGAAGGGAAUCAGCAUUGUUACGCCAAACAAGAAAGCUUUCUCAGGAAGCUAUGGCCUGUGGACACAGAUCUUUGAUGCCGCGAGCAACGGAAAUGGUGCUGGUGGCUACGUCUUCCACGAGUCGUCCGUCGGCGCGGGACUGCCUGUUAUCUCCACACUGAAGGAUCUGGUCGAGACCGGAGACGAAGUCACAAAGAUUGAGGGCGUUUUCAGCGGAACCAUGAGUUUCCUCUUCAACUCUUUCCAGCCUCUCGGCGGUGGAGGUGGAAACUUCUCAGCUGAGGUAACAUCAGCCAAAGAGAAGGGUUACACUGAGCCCGACGCUCGCGACGAUUUGAAUGGACUAGACGUCGCUCGAAAGCUUACCAUUCUCGCCCGUCUCGCUGGCCUAAAGGUCGAAUCGCCAACAUCAUUCCCCGUUCAGUCUCUCAUCCCCAAGGAGCUCGAGUCGUGCUCAUCCGGCGACGAGUUCCUCGAGAAACUCCCACAAUACGACGACCAAAUGGAGAAGCUUAAGGCAGAGGCAGAGAAGGAAGGCAAGGUCAUCCGAUUUGUAGGAAGCGUCGACGUACCAAACAACAAGGUCAAGGUCGGAUUGGAGAAGUUCGACACAAGCCACCCUAUUGCGGCACUCAAGGGAAGCGACAACAUCAUCGCAUUCUACACAAAGCGAUAUGGCGACAACCCGCUCAUCAUCCAGGGUGCCGGUGCUGGCGGCGAGGUCACUGCCAUGGGUGUAACAGCGGACCUGGUCAAGGUACUUCGGUUACUACACUGA